ACCCCCAGCCGUCAGUGGCGGCCGCCAUGUUGUGGUAGUUUGUUGUUCUCUUGCGGCUGGUGGUGCGGAGCAGGCGGCGGGAGGGCGGAGUGUCCUCGCCCCUUGCAGCCUGGCGCCGAGCGGGGUCGGCGCCCGAGGCUUUCCCCCCACUCCGAGCCCUCAUUGCAGCUGCGGGAGACACCGCCAGGAGCGGCUGCCGCCCGCGCAGGAGCAGGCGCCAUGGCUGCUGCCUUGGGAGGAGCAGAUGAUGACUUUGAUCAGUUUGAUAAGCCUGGUGCAGAAAGGUCUUGGAGAAGAAGAACUGGAGACGAUGACUGGGACAGUGAACUUGAAGAUGAUUUGCUUGGAGAGGAUUUGCUUACUGGCAAAAAGAAUCAGUCAGACUUGUCAGAUGAAGAACUGAAUGAUGAUCUUCUACAGAGUGACAAUGAAGAUGAACCAAGUUUUAGUUCUCAAGGUGUCACAGUUAGUCUUAAUGCUACAUCUGGCAUGGUUACGUCAUAUGACUACUCUGAGAACGCUAAUGAUCAUUCGAUAGAACAUGAGUCAGAAUAUGACCAAGGGGAGGAUGAAAUGGCUUAUGACAAAUCAGGUGAACCUGAAGUAUACUCUCAAGAGUACACAGGGGAAAGACAGUAUGAAGGCAAUGAUGCUGAGCUGACGGAAGACCAAAUAGAAUAUGGAGAAGAACAGGGAGAGGAAGAAAUUUACAAUGAUGAAGUGCUAGACCUUCAAAUCAAUGAACCUCUAGAUGAAUUUCCAGAUGAAGAUUAUAUACACUCAUAUAAUGAACAACAAGAGAUGGAAGAACAGGAAGAAUAUGUAGCUGAAGAGGAAUUGGAGGAGGUCGCUGAUUCCCAAACACCUACAAAUGAAUCAGAAGAGGCAGCUAUUGAAACUCUGGAACUUCAGGAGGAAACAAAAGAAGAAUCUGAUGAGGAGGAGGAGGAGGAUGAAGAAUCUGGACGACUACGUUUCAAAACUGAACGAAAAGAAGGAACCAUCAUUAGGCUCUCAGACAUAACGAGAGAGAGGAGAAACAUUCCAGAAACAUUGGAACUCUCAGCAGAAGCCAAAGCAGCGUUAUUUGAAUUUGAAGAAAGGGAAAGACAGCUUAAACAAGGACGCUAUGGCUCAAGGAGAGGAGGGAGGAGAGGAAGUUCCAUAAUGUGUCAUGGAAUGGGAGAACAAAGAAGAGACAACAAUGAAAGGGGAAGAAUGAAGGAUCACAGGCCUGCGCUGCUGCCAACGCAGCCACCAACUGCGGGUCAUUCACAGAGGUUAAUUCCUCCUCACCAGCAGCAGCCUAUUAGGAGUCUGUUCCAGCAACAACAGCUACAAACACUGCUUCCUAUGCAGCAUCAACACCAUUCAUCUCCUCCUCCAGGACUACAUAUGCCACCCCAGAUGGAAACACCUGGAAUAAUGAUGACUCCACCCCCAGUGACACCCCAACAACCGAAGAACAUACAUAUAAACCCACAUUUCAAAGGGACAGUAGUGACGCCUGUGCAAGUGCCCUUGUUGCCAGUCCCAACCCAGCCAAGACCUGCUGUAGGACCCCAGAGAUUUCCUGGCCCUCCAGAUUUUCAGCAGCAUCCUCCUGGACCUGUUCCUACCAACUUCACCCAAGCCCCAAGAAUCCCUCUACAGGACCAGUGGAGAGGCCCACCUCCACCACCUAUGCCUCCACCACCACCACCUCCUCCUCCUCCCCAGGAAAGAGACCCUUUCUUCCUGGGAGAUCCAAGAUUCCCAAGUCAUCAUUUGUUCGAGCAACGGAGUCCCCCACCUCCACCCCCUCCCCCACUCCUUAACAGUACCCAUCCUGUCCCUACCCAAAAUCCUCUGCCUUUCAAUCAGCCUGGACCAGGAUAUAAUCAGCAAGGGCAGCAACCAGUAUUUCCCAGAGACAGACCAGUAAGGCCAAACAUCCAGCCUCAGAAUCCUGCUGGAAUUCUUCACUUCAGCCAACCAGGUUCAGCAAAUCCACGGCCUUUCAUGCAACCCAGACAGCAAUUCUUACAAAACCCAGGACAGCCAUUUCUAGCAACACAUACACAGCCCAAUAUGCAGGGUCCCUUGCACCCUCCUCUACCGCCUCAGCCUCACCAUCAGCAACAGCAACACCAGCACCACCAGCAGCAGCACCACCAGCAGCACCACCAACAGCAUCAUCAGCUUCAGCAUCAACAUCAACAGCAGCAGCAUCUUGCCGGUCCACCACAGCCUUUGAUUCCCAUUACCCAGCCACAGUUCAGACCUCAUUUGCAGCCUUCACAGCAACAGUCAAAUAACAAUAGAAUGCAGUGUCAACAGCGGCAGGGUCCAAUGAAUCCAAGACAUAGUACACCAACACAGAACAUGGUCAAGCGUCCGAAUCAGCAGCUGCAGUCAACUGCUUCAAGAAAUAGCAACUUGCGUGAAUUACCAAUAGCACCUUCGCAUGCUAUUGAGAUUAGUAACAACCGGCGAACCGCUGCACCUGCUGCGCAGGUGAAACCCAUUACCAGCACAACACCUGCUACAAGAUCUGUAGGAGGUGUUGGGAGCCCACAUGGGAGGACUGAAAUGAAAGCUAGAGCAGUCGUGCCAGUGGUCCAAACUAAAGUAGAAGUAAAAUCUGAACCAGAGUUUCCUGAUGAAGAUGAAGAAACCAGAUUAUACCGCUUGAAGAUAGAAGAACAGAAACGCCUAAGAGAAGAAAUUCUGAAACAGAAGGAGCUGAGACGGCAGCAGCAGGCAGGUGCUAGAAAGAGAGAGUUACUUGAAAGACUUGCACAACAGCAGCAACAGCCUCCUACACAACAAUCUUUCACACAGCAGGAAGAGGACUCAUCAGAGUUUCCCACCAAUGGAAAUCCAUUUAUUGUCCAUCCUGGUGCACAGGCCAGGCAAAAUGUGAAAAAUAGACUUCUUAUUAAAAAGCAAGACAUGGUAGUUGCAAAUAUUCAGCCCAAACCCACAGAUUUCAUGCAAGAUGGGGCUAAUAUGCAUUUUCAAGGACAGCAAGUGAAAACAGUGAAGCCUUUGAGACAAACUAGAACAGUACCACAAAGUCAGCUUCAGCCAUCGCCAAAAGUAUUACAAACAAAACCUGCAGCAGCUACAGCAUCACUCACCCCAGGACAGACUGCUAGAGUGGCGUCGAUACAAGGAAGGCCUCAGGAACUGAAACCUGGUGUGAAAAGGACUGUCAUGCAACGGGCAAACACUGGUAGUGGAGAUGGGCCCCAUGUCAGCACCAAAGUGAGGGUGAUUAAGUUGUCAGGAGGGCAGGAGGGGGAGAAUGUUGGCUUUGUGCAGCCAGAGGGCCAGCCCCAACGCCUCCAACAACCUCCAGAACUGAGACAGCAGCCAGUGCGGAAGGUCACAUUGACAAAGGGACCACUCCAGCAACAGCAGCAGCAGCAGCAAACUCAAAUACAUUCAACAGUUCCACAAGGGGUCAAAAACAUCCAAGGGAUUCAUCCAGCUAAAAAGGUCAUUAUGCAUGGGAGAGGCAGAGGAGUAGCAGGCCAGAUGGGCCGAGGACGCUUGAUGCCAAAUAAACAGAACCUACGAGUGGUGGAGUGCAAACCUCAGCCCUGUGUUGUGUCAGUUGAAGGGCUUUCUUCAUCAACUACUGAUGUCCAACUGAAAAACCUGCUUAUGUCAGUAGGACCCAUUCAGCACCUGCGUUUGGAAUCCAAAAAGCAGAAGCUGGUAAAGAGGCUGGAGCCUAAAGCAAUGGGAGAAUGUCCUGCAAUAGUUGAAAGAGAAACACCCAACAUUGUUGUGAGGAUCAGUUAUUAGCAAAAGGGCUGAAGAUUGUUCAGGCAAGGGGAGAGAGCAGCAAAUGACAGAGGAGGACUUGCGGAGUGCAGCUGAUGGGACAUAUCCCUGUGUUUCUUUUACACUUACACUGGCUGAUUGUACUCUUAAGUAUUUCAUCCCUUCAGCGAGUUAAGCGGAUUUUUCUCUUGUUAAACUGCCAUGUUCUGUGGCAAGUGACGCAGGAACAGAGUUUUCUUCUCUUGAUUUGAUUAUACUAAUUACUUCAUCAACCUCUGUUUUUCAAAUGUUUGCUGGUGCUUUCUUUAGUACACCUAAGCACCCUCUGUUAUUGAGUAUGCAAGAACAAGUGACAAAUUCAAUAAAUAUUUCAAAAGUGUUUUUCUAGUCUGGAUGAUAAGAUGGUGUUGGGAGAGUAAAUUUAUAUUCGAUACUGUUCUGUAAAUCUUAAUAGUACAGACUUCACUAAGGAUGAAGUCAGAAGGAGACACUUUUGCUGCUCCUCACCCAGUCCAGUGGAUACGGUAUAGGAGAACUGAGCUCAUUUGCAAACUCCUCAGCAGAUGUUGUGUGGCACUUGACUUCUGUUAUUGUUUCUUCACCUGUAAAAUGGGAUGUUGGUACUUACCAACCUUUAAAGAGUUCUACUGACGAAAAAUGGUAACUAUAUAAGUUCUAAGUGUUUAGGUUUUGAAAAGAUGUCCUCUGUACUGAAGAGCUUACAAACUACUAAAUUGCAGUGACUUAGCAAUGUAUUUUUAUUGAUGUGGUAGACUUUAGCAAAACAAUACAAUACAAACUCACUAACCUGGUGCUGAGUAGGUUUGCCAAAUCAUAUUUUUGGGAAAGGAACAUGGGGGAGCUAUUUGGGAUAUUGUUUUCAAAUACACCCAUGGGAAUGCUCCAGUGAAAAUAUUCUUCUCCUAAGUGUUUGAAACUGUUAGUGUUCCAUUUGUUCUGUACUCCUUACAAAAGUCUCUGAGCUUUCCUAUUAGGGAGAUGAGCCAAAUUACAGCACCCCAGUUUUUACUUACUUUGCAAAAUAUGAAGGUGCUAAUUUCCAGUAAUCUGUAUUUUUUUUUUCCAGUGGAUUGCUGGAACAGGAA